AUGUCAGAAGAACCGCAAUCGCUUCGCUCAGUAUGGCAGACGGCCGAAGACAAGCGUAGACAGAUUGAAAAUUCGUACGAUUCAAAUUCACCCGCCUACCAAGCUCUGGUCAACGCCGCCAUCGCCAGCUACGAACACUGUCUGCGCAUUCAGGAUCAAAUCGCCCUCUUCAGUCCCAAUGAAUCCCUCGAAGACAUUUCCACAAACGAUCUGCACCAUCUCCUCGCUCAAUACCGCCUCGCCGAUCUGGUCCAACGCCUGUCGUCCCAGGACCGUAAAGCCGUCCUGCAUCGCGCUCAAGACUCGUAUGACAAGUUUCUACGCCAGCUCGACUUGUACGACAUCUUGUCCUCUUCAGAUUUGAAACUGCUUGAAGAAUACCACGAGAACCCGUCCACGUUCUCCACGGCCUCGACCUCAGAUCCUGCCGCUCGUCGCGAGAGAAAAAUUCUACGUUUCAAGCAAGAGAAGGACCUCAAGCAAAAGUUACAACAUCUGCAACAAAACCCCGCCGCUAUACAAAAUGACGACGACAUGUACCGCCGUCUCCAGUUGACACAGAUUGAGUUCUGUGUCCAUCAAACUUUCCAAUCUCUUGAAUCAAUAGCCCAAGAGCUUCACAUCCUCUCAAGGGCUCCACCACCCCCACCACCAGGCCAGCAAUCUGCGCCUCCCGAUGUCAGGGAGCGUCACAAAUCCAACGAUGGCUACUCGGAGAGACUUGACGGUCCCAUGUCUGCUGGCCUCUCAGGUCCUAUGCUCAGCAAAGAUGGCAAGCCGCUUCGCCCAUUCACCCUUCUCAGCACUCGCCAAACAAUGCAGGCUGGCGUUUUCCGCCCUGACCAUAGUCUGCCUACCAUGACUAUCGACGAGUACCUCGAGGAAGAGAAACGUCGCGGCGGUAUGAUUGAAGGCGGCGGCGCCCAGUCUGGUAUCCAGCCGGAGAUUGACGAGGAUGACUUGGACAAGGCAGAUGAAGAGACGAUGAAGGCCAGAGCUUGGGACGAGUAUGUUGAGAACAAUCCCAAGGGUGCUGGUAACACUUUGAACAGAGGUUGA